UAUAAAUUCCGACUUCAGAGGCUACAAUAUUUUCUGUUGUAAUCAAUUCUAUUUCAUUGGCUCGUCAACAUUUACAUUUAUAUUUCAUUGUAACUUUUUCAUAGCCACGGCUUACAUACUAAGUAUCAAAUAAAAAAUAUAUAUUUAAUAAUUUAAACUUUACUUGUUGCACAACUUAAUCAUGCUUGGCUAUGCAAACGCUGGAAUCCCAGAUAAGUCUUGGCAACCACCAGUUGCUGUACUGGAAACAACAAUGGGUACCAUCACAGUGGAAAUGUACUGGAAACAUUCACCUCUCACGUGUCGAAACUUCAUGGAACUAGUAAGAAGAGGUUAUUAUAAUAAUACUAAAUUUCACAGAGUCAUAAGAGAUUUUAUGAUUCAAGGUGGUGAUCAUACAGGAACUGGUAAAGGUGGCCAAUCAAUAUAUGGCCCUCAAUUUGAUGAUGAACUAAAUUCUAAUUUAAAGCAUACAGGUGCUGGUAUAUUGUCUAUGGCUAAUGCGGGCCCAAACACAAAUGGAUCACAAUUUUUUAUCACUUUAGCCCCAACACAGUGGCUUGAUGGCAAACACACUAUAUUUGGAAGAGUGCAAAGUGGGAUGGCAGUUGUAAAAAGAAUAGGUUUAGUAGAGUGUGAUAAAAAUGAUUGCCCCGUUGAUGAUAUUAAAAUUGAAAGAUCUUAUAUUCCUAAAUAAAUACACUAAUGAUAAU